CGCAACGUUGGGUCUUUCGAUAAGAAUGAUCCCAACGUUGGUACGGGACUCGUCGGAGCUCCUGCUUGUGGUGAUGUGAUGAAGCUUCAAAUCAAGGUCGAUGAGAAGACUGGUCAAAUCGUUGAUGCUCGCUUUAAGACUUUUGGUUGUGGUUCCGCUAUCGCUUCUUCAUCUGUCGCCACUGAAUGGGUGAAAGGCAAAGCUAUGGAUGAUGUCCUGACCAUCAAAAACACUGAAAUCGCAAAGCAUCUUUCUCUCCCACCAGUCAAGCUCCACUGCAGUAUGUUGGCGGAGGACGCUAUCAAGGCAGCUGUGAAAGACUACAAGGAGAAGCGUGUGAAGACAAAUGGUGCUGCUGCAGCAGCAGGAGAAACCACACAGGCUUGAUUCCUUUUACUAGUGUGUAUACCAUAAUGUGUAUAUGAUGGUGAAAACAGGGGAGAAGUAGAAGAGGAUGAUACAUACAACCUAUGGUAUGUUGUAAUGUUCAAGACUUAAGGAGUAUUUUCGAAUAAACUCUGUUCACAAAAACAUGUAAGAAUGAUUUUGCUUUGGCCCUGUAGUUUUUGCUGUUUUAUGCACCGAUGUGAUGUAAUGUUUUCUCUCUUCUUUGGGAGGUUUAUAAAUUACAACUUUGACA